UAUGCUAAUCAGUUUUGGACAAGGAUCGGUAUAUUCGCCUCACUCCAUUCAUAUUCACUCCUCUUUGCUGAAGCGAAUCGAGAAAGAUGCAGCAAACGGAACGUCGUGAUCAAACACGCAACCCCAUCACCAGUGGGAAGCGAUGAGCCAUCUGCUUGACAUGAAUAUUCGUUGCCAUUCGUCGCAGUUUGGAUCGCAAGCGAAUGAAUGAAUGGCGAAUGGUGAAGAAUACUGGUGAGCGAUCGAAGCGGCUAUUAUCAUAAGUAGAAGAGAAUUUCUGCAUGUAAUGCGUACUUUUUUACUGUAUUGUCGCUGAAAUGCUAGAUUAGCAAAGAAAAUAAUUCGAAAACAUCAAUAAUUCGUAUGCACAAUAUCAAUCGCAUCACUCACGAAUCGCAUUCGCUUGCGAUGCGAAUGUGGACGAAUGAAUAAUUUCCAAGUGUGGCUUCCCACCGUUCGCCGGAGUUUGCUGUCGUCGCUGACAAGCACACACACGAAGAAGAUGAAAAAUGGAAAUCAGGAACCCUGGUUUUGGAAUUAGCUAGUUAUUUUGGCUGUCCAGUUCUUGCAUUUUUCCCACAAUAUAUAAAUUCAAAGCUCUCAUUUAAUGUAUUGUUAGUUUUCAUAAAAUUCCUGAUUAUUUGUAAUUUGUUAUUUUUAAUUUUAUUGAAAACAAUAAUCUGCUAGUAUACACUUUAUAUGAGGUCAGCAUUAUUGAUUGAACAAUAUUUUCCCAUAGACUGGUCAAAAGCUAAUGCAAGAUAACAAACGAAUAUAAUAAUAAAAAAAAGGAAUUUAUUGAAAUACUCCUCGAAAGAUUUCUCAGUAACCAAAUGUCCAAUCGGAAUAAAAUUUCAAGGCCUUCUACAAGGAUACUGGAGCUUUCGUUUGGUGCUAAGAGAAUCCAAAUCGGUUGACAGACGGCUGAGAUAUUUAUUAUGAUACACUUGGUCAAAAAUCUCUCAAAAGUUUAACCUGUAUUACUCCCAAGUACUCUUUGAAAGAUAUCUCGAUAACCAAAUGUCCAAUCCUAAUAAAAUUGUAUAGGGUUCUACUAGGAUGUUAUAGCUUUCAUUUGGUGCCAGGAGAACCGAAAUCGGUUGACAGACGGUUGAGAUAUUUCUCAAAUAUAAAUCUCAAAAAGUUUAUUUGUAUAAAUCCUAAGUACUCUUCGAAAGAUAUCUCUGUAACCAAAUGUCCAAUCCUAAGAAAAUUUCUGAGCAAUCUACUAGGAUGUUGUGCUUUCAUUUGGUGGUAAGAGAACUCAAAUCGAUUGACACACGGCUGAGAUAUUUAGUUUGAUACACUUUGUUAAAAAUCUCAAAAAGUUUAGUUGUAUAACUCCUAAGUACUCUUCGAAAGAUAUCUCAGUAACCAAUCGAAAUAAAAUUUCAGAGCGUUCUACUAGGGUGUUGUAGCUUUCAUUUGCUGCCAAGAGAACUCAAAUCGGUUGACAGACGGCUGAGAUAUUCAUCAAUAUGCUAAAUGUCAAAAAUCUCUCAAAAAGCUAACCUAUAUGACUUCAAAGUACUCAUCGAAAGAUAUCUCGGUAACCAAAUGUCCGAUCGUUAGUAAAAUUCAAUAGGAUUCUACUAGGAUGUUAUAGCUUUCAUUUGCAACUAAGAGAAUCCAAAUCGGAUCAGACGUCUGAGAAACGUGCGUGGCUUUUUUUUUUGUAACAUACGCACACACACACAUACACACACAUACACACAAACAUACACACACACAUACACACACACACAUACACACACACAUACAUACACACACAGAUAUUUGCUCAGUUGGUCGAGCUGAGUUGAUUUGUAUAUGAGACUCGGCCCUGCGGGCCUCGGAUCGAAAGUCGGUUUUUCGAGCGGUAUUUAUACCCUUCUUAUGGGUGUAAGAAGGGUAAAAAUCAUCAUUACCUAAAAUAUAUGGUUUCAUUAUUGAAGGUAUCAGUUUCUCUGCAUGGAAUACUAAGCAUAUGAUGUGUAAGCAUUUUAUCAAAUUUUUAGCUAAAGUUACGACAUAUUUCUUUCCGUCAUCUCGAUUAGCAAAUUAUUAUUAUCUGGCACAUGUUUGACAUACAAUUGGAUAGUUGAAGCGUGGACGAUUAGUUAUGUUAAAACAAGAAUAGAUUAUACAGAUUUCAGAGCAAUGUAAUUAUAUAAAUGUAACUGUUUCCGCUCUUAACGAUCUCCGAGGAAUGAUUGCCCAACUUACAACAUCCAUCAGAUGUACAUCAAUAAUCGGGCAAUCAUUGUCAAUUCACUAUAAAUUCCCUCGGAAAAUCUGUGCCGGACACCAAUCACAGUACUUUCCGGCAAAUUCCGCCGAAAUGUGUACGAUUCGUUCGUUCAUCUGGCUGCUACUCUCCGUCGUCCAGCUUCAGGCCUACAAAAUAUCCGUCGACAUACACGAGUUUACCGACUGUCCUGGAUACAAAUCGAUGAUCGAUUUUAGCACCUUGGAGUUCGGCAUCAGCGAGGAGGGUAAUAUGGUCUUCAAUGGAAACUUUACGGUACUGACAACGAUAGACAGCCCAUAUCCGUUGUACAUCCAUUCGCAAAAGCUGGAACGAGGCGAGUGGCGAGAAACUAUUGGGUUCAAGUUCGUGAAAAACUUUUGCCAAACUUUGAACUCGGUGCCCGAGUUUUGGUACCCGGUGAUGAAGCACCUGAAGAAGCAGAGCUGUCCCAUUGAGAAGGGGUUCGUGGGAAAAUUUGACAACUUCAAAUACGGCGAACUACCGAUGAUUCUUCCAUCAAAUUUCAUUGGCGAAUGGAUGAUCUUUGCGGAGCGUCGGAACGUUAUGAAUACGAAGGAAAUUUUGGAAUGUGUGAUGCUGCGUACCACCGUGUUUGAAUUGUAAAUAAUAUCGAAAUAAAAGGUAUUCU